AUGACGUUUUCUCCCCAGAAGAUGCCUCCUGGAUCGUCCGUCAAGCUGACCGACAGCCUCCAGUAUCAACAACAGCAUCCGCAACAUCCGCACCAUCCUCAACCACAAUCACAACCACAACCACAACCCCAACCCCAGCAUCAGCCGCCGCAGUCCCAGUCGCAGACCACGUCCCACCCGUAUCAGCAGCAUCAGUACGCCUCGCAGCCCCAGCAAGUCCAAGUCCCAGUCCACGCCCAGGCCCAGGGCCAGGUCCGCCCGUCCCAGUACCAGCAGCCGCAGCAUCACCACCAGCAGCUCGCCAUGAACGGCAUCAACGGCAACAUGGCCGCCGCGCCGCCUCCCAUGCCAGCCGCCCCAACGCCCGCCGGCCACCAGGCCGAGCUAAACUACAUCUACGGCAUGGUCGAGGAACUCAGCCGCCAGCUCGCCGACAACCGCAGAGUGACCGAAGACAUCGUCAACGGGCUGGGCAGGGUGCGCAGCAGAGCCAAGAGCCAGAACCUCUCCAACGACGAGCUGAUCGCCGCCGCGGCGCCCCAUCUACAAGGUGAGGAGGAGACAAGGCAAAGCAAAGCAACGCGAAGCAAAACACAAAUAAAAACAACCCAGCUAACCGCGCGGUCGUGUGCAGCCGACUCCCGGAACCUAGACACCGUCGUCUCCAUCCUCUCCGAGUCGCUCGAAAAAGCCAACUUCGGCCGCGACGCCAACGCAGCGCUGCUGACGCAGUACGCCAACGCGCUGGCCCUCAUGCUCAAGCAGCUCCACGACUACAAGGCCAAGCACGUCGCCGACGUGGCGGCGUGGCACCGCUCGUACAGAGUGCAGCUCGACGAGGCGCGCCAGGAGAACAGCCGUCUGCGCGAGCAGAUUUGGGAGAUGCAGACGCACGCGAGCCGCGCAAACGAGAACCUGAGGCUGUUCCGCAGCAAGUACGACGAGGACGCGAAGCGCUGGGAGAAGAGGGUCGAGGGGACACGCAUGCGCCAGGAGCUGCGCUUCUGGAAGAGGAUGGCCAUGCCCGAGCUGGACGACGACGACUCGUACUGGAGCGGCGACGACGACGUCAUCGACGAGGCCGAGAAGGAGAGGCUUCGGGAGCUGGAGCAGAGGGCCGCCCAGGAGCAACUGAUGGAGGGGCACAUUGACGAGGAUGCCGGCGAUGCCGGCGAUGCCCACCACAUGGGCGUCAUGGGCGGCAUUGCCAUGCAGAGGGACGAGUCGGCGAGGGCCAUGGCGCUGCCGCUGCCGCUGCCGCCUCCGAGGCCGCUGAGUGCCGCGUCGAGUACCGGGUCGACGGGGCAGUAG